AUGAAAAUUUAUAUUUUUAAGGAGGUCUUUAAUUCCUAAGUUCCUAAGGCAACGUCAAUGAAAAAUAUCUAUAAAGAAAUCGAUUAAUUUCUUUAACAUGUAUGAUAUUUAAAAAAAAAAUUAGGGUUGUAUGCAGAAUAAAACUAAAAUAUAUGUCACUACGAAAGUUCGAAAAAAUUAGAAAAAAAAACUUUAUAUUAUAAUUUAUGAAAAAAUUCCAUUAUAAUUAAUUAUAUCAAUAGAACAUUGUAAAACUAACAAAUUUUCAAUUUGCUUAGAGUGUGAAGUAGGAUUUGUUAUGAUUGACAACAUAUGUUUCCCUAACUGUGGAGAUAAAUUAAUCCUUGAAUAGUAUGAAGACUGUGAUGAUGGAAAUUAACAACCAUAUGAUGGUUGCUUUUAAUGCGAGUUUUAAUGCAGUGAAGAAUGCAAAAUAUGUGAUUGAGGAUAAUGCAUUUUAAAAUGUGAAGAGGAUAUGAGUUUGUUAAUAAUAGUUGUCUUUCUGUAUGUGGUGAUCAAAUUGUCACUAAAGAAGAGGAUUGUGAUGAUGGUAAUUUGCAACCUUAUGAUGGUUGUUUUGAUUGCUUGUAUUCUUGUUCAAAAAAUUGUUUUGAAUGCUUUCAAGGUAUUUGCUUAGAGUGCAAUUAUUAAUUCUAAUUACUAAUUUCAAACUAGUGCAAACAAUAAUUAAAUUGUGGAGAUGGAUUUCUUUAGGAAAAUGAGGAAUGUGAUGAUGGUAAUUAUUACGCAAUGGAUGGAUGUAAGGAGUGUUAAAUUGAAUAAAAUUGGAUAUGCAUUACAAUUACCAAAGAUUCUUAAAGCUAGUGCACAUUUGUCAAGGCUCCAAACUUAGUAAUUAAUUAUCUUAAUAUGACUAACAAUAAAUAGUAUAUAAGCAUCUUAUUUGAUUAAAAAGUAAAAAUAAACACUUUUUAACCUUUCUCAGAAACUAUAAAUUUUGAAUUAUUAAAUAUAGACGAGAAGAACUGGAAUAGCACCUUACAUAUUAUUUAGGAUAUUGGAUCUGAAGUAAGUUUUGGAGAAUUUAUUGUAUAAAUUGAAGUUUACUAGUUACUUGAAUUUAGGCCAAUCUUGAAAAUUUAAGUAAAUUAGAUAGUUACUAAUUAAUAUAAUGCUGUUUUGGAAGUAGUUGAAAAAUCAAUAACAUUGAAAUAUCCAACAUUUAUUGACUAAACACAGAAGGAUUAUUCUUAAAAUUUAAAAAGUCUUAAUUAAAAUAUAAUUUAUCUUUUGACUGGGAUUGUCGUUGCGAGUCUGAUAUUAGGAAGUGGCGAUUUAUUUGUGGAAAUUUUGGCAAUCCUUUAAUUCCAGCAAUACUUAAAAUACAUUAAUCUGUAAUAUCCAGAAAAUUUAGAGAUAUAUUUUUCUCUUUAUGAUCUGAUAACUAUUCAACCUCUCUUGGAGUUAAUCUAUUUUCCUUAACUUUUAUAGUUUAUCGAUUUUUAGCCAUAUUAAGAAUAUUCUCAAGGAAAAUUUAAUUUUUACAAAUAAAACUCAAACUUAAUCAUUAAUCUUUCUUGUCAAAUAUUUUAAUUGUUGAUAUUGUUACUCCUUAACUUGUUGUUGAAAUAAAUAAAAAAAAUUCUGUACAAUGGGAUUUUUUGUCCCAGAUUCUUUUAUGGUAUGUCAAGGUUAUCAUUAUAUUUAAAGCGAAAAAUAAUCCUUAAGUUUAAUUAGUCCUUUUAUAACUUUUUCAUGAAUUUAAUUAAAUUAUUAAAAUUGAUGUCUUUUUUAAGGAUUACAAAAAGCCUUACUCCUAAAUGGCUGGGAUAUGAUAUUUAAAACAUUAUUAUAUACAAGAAGCAGUUAAAUUUAAGAUUAUCUUGA